AUGCUGCUGUUACUCUCUGCUAUCGCCCUUGGUUACGUUUGUCUCGUGGCUAUAUACCGCUUAUACUUCCACCCCAUCAGCAAGUUCCCAGGGCCCAAGCUAGCCGCCAUCACCAGCCUCUACGGUUUCUACUUCAACGUAGUAAAGGGUGGCCGGUAUAUAUGGGAGAUAGAAAAGAUGCACGAAAAAUAUGGGCCUAUUGUACGAGUUGAUCCCCACGAGGUUCACAUCAUGGACCCGCAUUUUUACAACGAAAUUUAUGGGUCAAAAUUGCGUGACAAGGACCCUAGAUUCACUAGGCUUGGUGAUAUACCAGGUUCUAUGCUCAUGACCGUUGACCACAAGCUUCAUGCUUCACGCCGUGCUAUCCUUCACACCUUUUUCUCGAAGAUGUCUAUAUUGGGGCUAGAGUCCAUGAUCCAAAGCAAAGUCGACAAGCUUGCCCAAAGGAUUAAAAUCGCCUCUCAGGCAGGUACAGUCUUCAACCUUGAUAGUGCCUUUGCAGCCAUCGCGUCCGAUGUGAUCGCCGAAUAUUCAUAUGGCUUUUGUCUCGACUACUUGGAUCAAGAGGAUUUUGGAAAUGAAAUCAGGGAUUCGAUGUUGGGUAUUCUGACCCUUUCCCAUUUGAUGAUUUUUUUCCCCAUCCCGUUGUCCGUCGCAAAGAUAGUACCCAAGAAGCUUCUGCAAAGGCUUUCUCCAGCCGUAUCAAGCAUUCUACAUGUACAGGGGCUGUGUUUUGAACAGGCAAAGGUCGCACUGAAAGACAGUGGUAAAGGAAGAGACACAAUUUUUGGAGCUCUUUGUGAUCCCAGCCUACCCCCAGCUGAAAGAGCCCCUGCUCGGAUACGUGAUGAGGCUUUCUCUAUGCUAAAUGCAGGGACCGAGACCACUGCAGGAGUGCUAAGGGUCAUAUUUUUUCAUCUGCUUCACGAUAAGACCAAGCUGCUUCACCUUCGCAAUGAGCUUGAACAAUUCCCAAGUUCUUCGGUGACGGAGCUGGAAAAACUACCUUAUAUGAGGGGAGUCAUAAAUGAGGGACUUCGAUUUUCUGGCGGCAUCGGUCGACUUGCCCGGUGUGUCCCGACAGGCAGUGGACUUCAAUAUAAACAGUGGCUGAUUCCCCCAAAGGUCAUGAUUAGCCAGUGCGGCCUUUUUGUACAUUUGAACCCGGAAUUGUUCCCUGAUCCCCAUGCUUUCGACCCCGAGCGUUGGAUCCGGGCGCAAGAGAAUGGAGACCGCCUGGAAAGUAUGAUUGUCGCUUUUUCCAAAGGACCUAGGCAGUGCCUUGGUAUCAACCUCGCUUUGGCAGAGCUUUAUCUAAUUGUUGCCACUUUGGUGCGGAGAUUUGACAUGGAUGUAUACGAGACGACCCUUGAAGAUAUCGCGACAUAUAGGGAUUACCAGGUGGGGUUUCCAAAAGAGAAGAAUCCGGGGUUGAGAGCCAUUGUUACUCGGGAUCUGAGUGCAUAG